GUCAUCUUGCUGCGCAAAACGAGCGGUUGUUGACAAGCCGCAGAGGCGGCUGAAGGGGUGCUGCGGGGAUCUUAUCAUGCCUGACUGGGCGAGCUGUCCUGGGCCGAGGCCUUUGGGCUGGGGAUGAAAGAAACGGAUCAGAUGCAGAGUUUGGAGGGCUCCGGGGCCGAGAGGUCAGUCGGCACGCAGACGGGCAGCAUGACGGGUCAAAUACCAAGGCUUUCUAAAGUGAACCUUUUCACUCUGCUCAGUCUCUGGAUGGAGCUCUUCCCAGGAGUAGAAGCCCAAGGGCAAAAAUCACAGAAAACUGAAGAGGAAAGCCGUGGUCCCUUGGGAGAUAAUGAAGAGUUGGCCAGAGUGUCUACUGACAAAAAACAGGUGAAGAAAACUGGUCUUGUGGUGGUGAAAAACAUGAAGAUCAUUGGGCUUCACUGCUCCAGUGAAGACUUGCAUACUGGACAAAUUGCUCUUAUUAAACAUGGGUCCAGGCUGAAAAACUGUGAUCUUUAUUUUUCAAGAAAACCAUGUUCUGCUUGUUUGAAAAUGAUAGUGAAUGCUGGAGUUAACCGAAUUUCUUACUGGCCUUCUGACCCAGAAAUAAGUUUGCUCACUGAGGCUUCUAGUUCUGAAGAUGCAAAGCUAGACGCCAAAGCAGCGGAGAGAUUGAAGUCAAACAGCCGGGCCCACGUGUGCGUCUUACUCCAGCCGCUGGUGUGUUACAUGGUCCAGUUUGUAGAGGAAACUUCUUACAAAUGUGACUUUAUUCAAAAAACUGCAAAAGCAUUGCCGGGUGCUGACACUGAUUUUUAUUCUGAAUGUAAACAAGAAAGAAUAAAAGAAUAUGAAAUGUUAUUUUUGGUUUCAAAUGAAGAAAUGCAUAAGCAGAUACUGAUGACUAUAGGUCUGGAGAACCUGUGUGAAAACCCCUAUUUUAGCAAUCUAAGGCAAAACAUGAAAGACCUGAUCCUACUUUUGGCCACAGUAGCUUCUAGUGUGCCCAACUUGAAACACUUCGGAUUCUACUGUAGCAACCCAGAACAGAUUAAUGAAAUUCACAAUCAGAGUUUGCCACAGGAAGUUGCAAGGCAUUGCAUGGUGCAGGCCAGGUUAUUGGCAUAUCGAACUGAGGAUCAUAAAACAGGAGUUGGAGCUGUCAUUUGGGCAGAAGCAAAAUCUAGGAGCUGCGAUGGAACUGGAGCCAUGUACUUCGUAGGAUGUGGGUACAAUGCCUUUCCCGUGGGCUCUGAGUAUGCUGACUUCCCGCACAUGGAUGACAAGCAUAAGGACAGAGAAAUACGGAAGUUCAGAUACAUCAUACAUGCGGAGCAGAACGCUUUGACCUUUAGAUGUCAAGAUAUAAAACCAGAAGAACGCAGCAUGAUCUUUGUGACAAAAUGCCCUUGUGAUGAGUGUGUGCCUUUAAUUAAAGGUGCCGGCAUAAAGCAGAUCUAUGCUGGGGAUGUAGAUGUUGGGAAAAAGAAAGCAGACAUCUCUUACAUGAAGUUUGGGGAGCUCGAGGGUGUUCGAAAAUUCACAUGGCAGUUGAAUCCGUCUGAAGCUUAUAGUCUUGACCCAAGUGAGCCUGAAAGGAGAGAAAAUGGUGUAUUGAGGCGCAGGUCUGCAAAGGAAGAGCAGCGCAGCAGCAGCAAGAGGCCACGUCUGGAAACCCGCUCUGCAGGAUCAGCCACAACAGCUUGUUUUUGACACACUUUAGGGCAUGUUCCAUGAAACACUGGCUUUUAGGAGCCCUGGUACUGGAGUUGAGUGAGUGGAUAAAGGUACUUGCCCCCAAGCCUGACAACCUGAACUCAGUCCCCAGAACUCACCAGAUGGAAAGACAGAUGGACGGAUGGACAGACACAUACACACAAACACAAACAGGCAGAGACAAAAUUUAUCAAGAGAUUAUUGGUACCAGCAGUAACUGCCACAUGCACUGAACUAAUUGUUUUACAAGAGGAAAAGACAAUGCACUUGCUCUAUCCUGGGGUCUGGGUGACUCAGGGCUGGUCGCAGGGGAAGUUGAAUGGACCAGGGUUUUGCAGUUUUCUGUGGCCCUGUAUCUCCCUUCUUGAGCACUUGGCUACUGUUGAAGCUGGUGGAGAAGAGUCCUCGCUUGAGUCAUGAGGACCAUAAAGGAGACACUGCAUGGUGGCUCUCUUCUGUCCCAUCACCCCUGGAACUCUAUCUGGUUCCAGCUACAGGUCUCGUGACAUUUAUAUACUGAAAUUCAAGCACCCAAGUGCCAAGUCUCCAUGGGGUGCUCAGCUUGAUACGUAGUGGAGUCUGAUUGACUUUGGAUAUUUUUUCAAAGAGCAAAAAUCCAGAACUCUUGAUUAACAAAACUGAGUUGGGAAAGUGUGAUUUGCUUAUUGCAGACUGGACUGAAAGCAAUUAUUAUUUCCCAAGGAGGCUGGUAUGCCUUCCCUCCAACACGCUUGUGCAGAGCUCUGUUAUGCAAACUGCCCUCUGAGUUAAGCCCUUUGCUGGUGUCCUCCAGCAGCGGUGCUGACUUUCCUUUGUUUUUAUAACAUAAGAAAACCAACCUGGACCAUAGUAUUUUAGUGCUUGGCACUGCAGGCUUUUGAGGUUGUGUCAUGGGGACUGCCGGACAUUCAGGGGCUGAGCUAUGAGGGACCAUCCUCCCACGCCCAUCCCAAGAUACAGCUGCAGCAAAUGCAAGUACUUACUGUGAAGAUCAGCACAAUGCUACCAUGUGGAACCUUACUUAUAUAUAAUUUACUGCUUUCAGGGCUGACUUUGAAAGCCACUGACAUAAAGACUUUAAGUAUUUGACUAAAAAAAAAAAAAAGUUAGAUCCAAAGACCAUCUCAUGCUGUAUGACCAUGGUUCUAGAGUUUUUCUGUAAUUUCUUAACAUUUGAGGAUGAUUUCCAACAUAUGAUGCUGAGCGGGUGUGUGUGGGGGGGUGGGUGGUUUGGUGUGGAGGCAAAAACACCUGAAAGAAGCAGCGUUCAGCAGAGCGCCCAGAGACGUAUAGAUUGAUCCAGGUGUUUGGAAGAGACUUAGACCAUCCGCGCUACCUACAAGCCAUUUUCUCCAUCCUGUUGAGUGUUGAGCUACCUGAGGUUGUGCAGUGUAGUCCAGGCUUCUGACUUUCAUUAGCCAUCAUCCAUGUGGGGGUGGGCAUUGGUGGGUGAUACAUAUGCCUUUGAGUCACUUCUGCUCCUAUAAGCAAUGCUUCCCCCAUAUUCCUGUAAACAACCCCAAUAAAUUCAUUGGUUCACC